AUGAACCUAAGAAAAUUCCCUUAUGCUGACAGGGUGAGCAGUAUAAGUAUAUCAAGACUAAUAGGAACAGAGUCUGUAAUGAAUUUAGAUCUCUCAGAUUUUGCAAGAUUGCAGAAAUUUCGCUUGGUAUCGAACAAUAGUAACUUGAAAUUGAAAUUAUCACCUAAUAUAUUUGAAAAUUUAACUGAUCUAGCAAUUGAUAAUAUCUUUGAUAGUGAGUUUUAUUCUAAAUUCGUAAAUUUAAGAAUUUUUGAAAUCUAUAUACAAAAAGGGAGAAAUUUUGAAAUUAAAUUUAUACCAAGAGAAGUCAAUACCAUGACAAUUGUUGCUGAAAAUUUGAAGGAGACCAAAUACAUCAGCGAUGGACAGGUUAUAGUACAUUCGCCAGAGGAUUGGCCACCAAAUUUAAGACAUCUAACGCUUGAUGAUCUGAACAACUCCGAUGGAGUGUUUAAUGAUGCGAUAUGUAAGCUUCCUCCAUAUUUAACAAAAUUGGAAGUUGCAGGUUAUCCCAUCAAUCAGAUUUUAUCGCAAAUACCUAUCACAGUAACGCACUUGUAUUUGACUUUCACAUUUCCCACUUCUGGUGUUGAAAAGUCUAGCUUAGAUUUUCCACCAUCUCUUCAAAUGUUAAAAUUAGAAGGAUUAGUCUUGGAGACAACAGACAAGAUAUAUAAUGUUCCAAAGGGAGUAAAAAGCCUCUACUUGUUUAGUUGUGAUUUUUCCAUGUCAUUAAAUAAUUUAAAUUUUGACAGUUGUAAAUCAAGUUUAGAAUGGCUUCAGUUUGCUAAUUGUUUAGAUUUCUUUAGUCUUGCUAAUGUAGACUACAGCGAAUUUUCCAGAUUAAAUGAAAUCAGAUUCAGUUGUUGUAUGAUUUCUAGUCUAACUAAUUUCAGACCUCCAUCAUGUUUAAAUUCAUUGCAUAUAUCUGAUAAUCCUAUUGUAUCCAUUGAUGAGAGUUGCCCAUUAUUCAACAACGAAAGAGGUUAUCCUCUAUUAAAGUGGAUAUGUAUCGAUGAUUGUCAAAUUUCUUUUAUUUCUCCUAACAUUGAAUUGCCAACAAAUUUAACUGACUUGACAAUUACAGAUUCCACUACCAAAGUCUUCUAUUUUAACUCGUCAAUUGCUAGACAUGUAUCACUAAAAUACUUACAUUUAUCUAAAUUAUCUCGCAUUGAAUUUUGUGAUGAUAUUCAUGAAUCUUGUAAGGAAUCAAACUUCUCGUUGAUGGAUCUCACUGUAACUAACGACUUCUUUUCAACACUACCUGAGGCACUCAGUAUAUUUUAUGAUAAAUUAGAAUUAUACAUGGGAAGAACAUUGUGCAACCGUGAAUCUAAACAAGAAAGUGGAUAUAUAUGUUAUUGCUUCCGCUGA